UGGGGAAAUACAGAGAGACAAGACGACAGGAAUCCCUAUCUAGCUCCUGUUCAGCGCUGCUGCUACAGACUCCUCUCUUCUUGGCUCUGAUUCUCUCAUGGCGUCUUCUCUCGCAUCAACUCUUUCAACGAUCCAAAGGCGAUGCUGCUGUUUAACCCUCAGGUCUCUCUCUUCAAAGAAACCACGCCCUUCUUAUUAUCAUUGCUAUCGACAUUUCAAUAAAGGACCACUCAAAAAGAGGAACUUCUCCCUCACUCUAUCAAGAAACUUCUCUCAGCCUCACCUUUCUAAGAACACUCAAGGUCCUGGCCUUCACCACUUUGUUGCUCAAGCUGCUUCCUCAGCUUCCGCCCCCGUCUCCGCUUCUGUCUCUCAAACACAGCCCCAAUUUGUGCCAGCUAUAGAAGUCCCACCAGAUAUUGAAAUUCUACCAAGAGGCCGUAUUUAUCAUGAGACUUAUGGGUGUCAAAUGAAUGUAAAUGACAUGGAGAUUGUUCUAUCUAUCAUGAAGAAUGCUGGAUAUAGUGAAAUUGUGGAUGUUCCUGAAAGUGCAGAGAUCAUAUUUAUUAAUACAUGUGCUAUAAGGGACAAUGCAGAGCAAAAGGUCUGGCAGAGACUUAAUUACUUUUGGUUUCUAAAGAGACACUGGAAGAGCAAUGUUGCCAUUGGCAGGUCACAGUCGCAUCAUCCACCAAAGGUUGUUGUGUUGGGUUGCAUGGCUGAGAGGUUAAAGGAUAAGAUAUUAGAUGCAGAUAAGAUGGUUGAUGUGGUUUGUGGACCUGAUGCUUAUAGAGAUUUGCCACGAUUACUGGAAGAGGUCGAAUAUGGUCAGAAAGGGAUCAAUACCCUUCUCUCACUUGAAGAGACUUAUGCAGAUAUUAGUCCUGUGAGGAUCUCUAAAAAUUCUAUUAAUGCUUUUGUGUCAGUGAUGAGGGGUUGCAAUAAUAUGUGCUCGUUUUGCAUUGUUCCUUUUACUAGAGGUAGAGAGCGAUCACGUCCUGUUGAAUCAAUAGUGAAGGAGGUGGCAGAACUCUGGAAAGAAGGUGUGAAAGAGGUAACUCUUCUUGGCCAGAAUGUAAACAGCUAUAAUGAUGCAUCUGAGAUUGAAAAGGAAGUUGAACCUGGAACAAAUUGGAAGUAUAGUGAUGGUUUCUCCAGCACAUGCAAGGUGAAAAGGGUAGGUUUACGUUUUUCAGAUCUCUUGGAUAGGCUUUCCACUGAAUUUCCUGAAAUGCGGUUCAGAUACACAUCACCGCACCCUAAAGAUUUCCCAGAUGACUUAUUGUAUGUAAUGCGGAACAGACAUAAUAUCUGCAAAUCUAUCCAUUUACCUGCUCAAACUGGGAGUAGCACAGUUCUCGAAAGAAUGCGUAGGGGAUAUACUAGAGAGGCAUACUUAGAUCUUGUGCAGAAAAUCAGGAGAAUUAUUCCAGAUGUAGGGAUAACCAGCGACUUCAUAUGUGGUUUCUGUGGAGAAACUGAAGAGGAACACCAAGACACACUAAGUCUUGUAAAGGCUGUUGGUUAUGAUAUGGCAUAUAUGUUUGCAUAUAGCAUGAGGGAAAAAACCCAUGCCCAUAGGAACUAUGUUGAUGAUGUCCCUGAUGAGGUCAAGCAGAGGAGGCUUGCAGAACUCAUUGAGGCUUUCCGUGAGAGUACAGGUCAGUGUUUUGACUCCCAGAUUGGAUCUGUCCAACUUGUUUUAGUGGAAGGGCCCAACAAGAGAGCUCCAGACACAGAACUUAUUGGCAAGAGUGAUAGGGGCCAUAGAGUUUUAUUUACCAAUCUGCCACUGCCAAAUCGAAAUGAGGAUGGAAGUCAGGCGCGGAACCCCAUGGUUGGUGAUUAUGUGGAAGUUCUUAUAUUGAAAUCGACACGUGCUUCACUCUUUGGAGAUGCGCUUGCUAUUACCACAUUGAGUUCAUUUUACAGCAAUCUUGACCAAAAAGCUGUUGCCUGUGCAAGCUAAUGCUGAACAGCACUAGCUGCCUGGAAUGGCAUGCAUUUCCAUUUUUCAGUUAAAUUAUCAUUAGAUCAUUCAAAUGUAUUCUUUCUUAGCAUUGGUGGAGCUGUUUCUUGCUAGGAGAUUCAGAAUUUUGCAUGCUAGCAGCCAGAACCUGCUGCCAAUCUUGAACACUGAAGUAGCCUAGAGGUGCAAGGUGCCAGUGCUUAAGCUUUGGUGGAAGCAUUGAGGUUAAUAUUUGCAAAGCGUUCAACGCAAUCAAGUCUUGCUUGAAUAAUGCUACGCAACACGGAGUACCCAGUUCGUAUCAAAUGGAAAACUUCAGCCUGUUAGAUUGCAGGAUCCACAUGCGGAGCCCACAAAUUGGACGGUUGUUUUUCAUUUGAUGUAUUUCCCUUCGUGCUGCUUCGUUUUUCAUGAUAAACGCACCUUCCCUCAUUGCCUAUAUAGGGUCCAAGUCUUUUGUAAAUGUAAAGGUAUCGAUCGAGACAUUGAAAUAAUUUUUUGUAGGGGCUCCAUUGAAGUAAGUUUUCCCAUGUUA